UUGUAUUGUAUUGUGGUUUUGUAUGCUAUGUUGUUAUACGUAUCCCCACGUAUAUUAAUAUUACGGUAUUCAUAUAUAAAGAUUAUAUCUUCGUCUUGCACCAAACCGAGCAAAAGCUUUUUCGUCUCUUUCUAUCUCUAAGAACGUAUGUUUGCUCUGUUUCUCUAUCAAAGAGCGCGUUGUUAAAAAUACAAUUUUUUUUUGUUGACGCCAUUGAAAUUGAACAAAGACGCAUAAUCUGUUUUUCUACUCUGGGUUCCUGUUUUUUUUUUGUCCUUGGAAAAAAGUUUCUUUCUGAGGAAGGGGCAGGAUUCAUCAUGCCCUUUGGUCCAAUCGCGUGCCUCUUCAGAUCUUAGCGUUUUCUCGGCGAGAUUUGGCAUCUGGGUUUUGUCCGAUUGGAUCUGUUGUUUCUGGAUUGAAUCGAGGAGGUUUUUCCAUCGUUGCCAGAUACGAAAUCUGCGUUUCUGAUUUAUUUUACGCAUCGCAAAGUCAUAAGAAGUUGAAUUUUGGGGUGAAGGGAGCAAGAUGCAAUCUGACAAUGGCAAGCUUUUCAUCGGCGGGAUAUCGUGGGACACCAAUGAGGAACGUCUCAAGGAGUAUUUCAGCAGCUUCGGGGAAGUGAUCGAGGCAGUGAUCAUGAAGGAUCGUACCACUGGACGUGCCCGUGGUUUCGGGUUCAUAGUGUUUGCAGAUCCAGCCGUUGCAGAGAGAGUUAUAAAGGAGAAGCACAAUAUUGAUGGGAGAAUGGUUGAGGCAAAAAGAGCUGUUCCUAGAGAUGAUCAGAACAUUAUAAGUAGAAGCAACCAGAGUAGCAGCAUACAAGGUUCACCAGGUCCAGGCCGGACAAGAAAGAUUUUUGUCGGAGGGUUACCAUCUUCGGUUACAGAAAGUGAUUUCAAAAAGUAUUUCCAACAGUUUGGGACAACUACAGAUGUUGUUGUUAUGUAUGACCACAACACACAAAGGCCUAGAGGUUUCGGAUUUAUAACUUACGAUUCUGAGGAGGCCGUGGAGAAAGUUUUGCUGAAGACAUUUCACGAACUUAACGGUAAAAUGGUUGAGGUUAAACGAGCUGUUCCAAAGGAGUUGUCACCGGGUCCAAGUCGCAGUCCAAUGGGAGGGUACAACUAUGGUGUUAAUCGGGUCAAUAACCUCCUUAUUAAUGGAUAUAAUCCUGCUGCAAUUGGAGGCUAUGGACUUAGGAUGGACAGUCGCUUCAAUCCAGCAGCUGGUGGAAGGAGUGGUUUCGCUCCUUUCGGUUCUGACUAUGGUGUGUCUCUGAACUUUGAGCAGGGAAUUCCCCCCACUGGCUUUACCGGCUCUGCAAAUUUCAGUGGAAAUGCCAACUAUGGUCGAGGAAUGAGUCCAUACUAUAUUGGUAACACGAACAGGCUUGGUUCUGCAGUUGGGUAUGACGGAGGCAAUGGAGGGAACUCGUCCUUCUUCAGCUCAGUCACUCGGAACCUGUGGGCAAAUGGGGGCCUUAACCAUAGCAAUUCUGCCAACACUAGUUCCAAUCCAUAUGUCGGAUCAAGCAGUGGGAACACACUAAAUGGUCCAUUAGGAAGUUCUGGAGUCAAUUGGGGUCAAGGUGGUGGAAAUAAUGUAAGUAAUGAAAAUGUGAGAUUUGGAUAUGGAAGCAAUGGUGAAUCUAGCUUUGGGUUGGGAGGAGCAGGAGGAGGGUAUGGAAGAAAUAUCGGAAUUAGUAAAGCACCGGCUUCAUCAUCAUUCUCUUCAGCCUCGGCUACCAACAGUGGUUAUGAUGCAGAUUUUUAUGGUGGUGAUCCCACUUGGAGAUCUUCGACUUCUGAGAAUGAUUCAAGCUCCUUUGGUUAUGGGAUCGGAGGUGAUCCUUCAGACGCGUCGGCUAAAACUCCGUCCCUCCCGGGCUACAUCGGUGAUUAUAGUGUUAACAAGAGGCAAUCAAACAGAGGAAUUGCGACUUAGUACAUUCGUUUUGGUUCUACCACGAUAUAGUUGGUGAAACGAGGCAAAUCUUUUAUAUCCUCUCCUCUCCAUAUAUAUACGCACCCACAGGACAGAAACUUCUUCACCAUCUUAGAGCUAACCAGAGUAUCUUUCUGUUUCUGGGCAAAAGAUUAAAACUUUAGGCAUUAGAAAUCCUGGGAAAUUUUGUGUCAGCGUUUGGUUUUAUGAAUUCAUUUUACCUCUAGGUUUCUUCCUCUGUUUUUUUUUUUAGAUCUUUUCAUGAGGGAUAUGUAAAAUCGGAUUGCCGGAUAGAGUCAGAAGAACUGUAUCAUGCAUCUCCGGCGAGGCAGGGAAUACAUAUAGAUAUGGGAAGAAAAAGAGCUGAAAAGUCAUUCUUCCUUCUUCGCUGUUCAUUUCCUUUCUCCUUCACCUGGAUCUUCUUCAAGCUCCUGCGAUGGUUCUUGCCAAAGUUCUGGGUUUCUUGUCUGUCAAGCCUUUUCGGCUUCAUCAUCUUCUUGGGGAUUAUUUCAGGUUUGUGUUUCAGGGAGAUUGUAUCAGAGGAUGUUUUGUUUUCUGGGUUGUUUCUUUUAUUUUGGCAGUGUGGGUAAAAGAGACAAUCGCCCAUUUAGGGUUUCCUCGUGAGAAUAAUGAGUUUUUAUAACUUUCUUUUGCGGAUUCUUUUUUCUUCUGUAUGUUUUGUUGACGUACUCUCAUGUUAUAGAAACAAUUUUAUUGUCACUGUCA